AUGGUUUUUAUAAAUAACAGAGAUGAGUAUUUACCAUUCCUGAAAGCGCCAGGAGUAAGAAUGCAAACUCCUUUGGUUAACAACGUGACGACGACCACAACGACACUAAAUCGCGACGUUGCAGCACAGGUGCAACAGCAACAACAGCAGCAACAACAGCAGCAGCAGCAGCAGCAGCAGCAACAACUGGGCAAUUUCAACAACAACAACACCACCACCAACAAUAACAACAACACGAACACUCUCAUCAACAACAACAGCAUCAGCGUGAGCGGAUCGUGCGGGACAUUGAGUGUUAGCAACAAUAUAAACAAUAACAACAGCAUUAACAACAAUGGCCAGCCACAGGUUGCCCGGGCACUGCUCAUCUGUCGACCAAACUCGCAUCCCUUCAAUAAUCGAACACUUUACCUUGAGCCGGGAGCCCAAGCUAAGGUAGGACGGUCGGUUGCGAGGAUUCGGGUGUCGGAAAACAAUGCUAUCUUCGACUGUAAAGUGCUGUCCCGGAACCAUGCCGUGCUGUGGUACAAAGAUGGCCGAUUCUUCAUCAAGGAUACGGGCAGUAGCAAUGGCACGUUUAUCAACAAUUUUCGACUCAGCCAAACGUGCUCCGAAUCGGAACCGUACGAGAUUAGCUCGGGUGACAUCGUGCAGUUUGGCGUGGACGUUAUGGAGAAUACGCGGCGCGAAACGCACGGUUGCAUUACGGCUACGCUCAAGCUCUUCCUUCCGGACGGACGGGAAACGAAGGCAAGCCAGAAGGUGGGGAUCGGGGGUCAAAGCGCCAUCAUACCGCCGGUCGAUCUGUACAGAUUGAAUCAGUACAUCCAGGAGGCAAACCAACGUGAACAGAUACUCGAAACAAAGUUGAUCAGUCUCCAGAAGAUGGUUGAAUCGACGAAGCAAAAUUCCUUCCUCGGCUGGCAGGCGUUGAUCGACGAGGAUCGAUUGCUGAGCCGAAUCGAUAUGCUGGAAAAGAAGCUACAGUACUGCCAGAAGAACAUCACGGAGGAUAAGCUGCGGGAGGAACUGAUGAAACUGGUGGACGAAAAGGAGGAGUACCAGAAUGCGGCCAAAGAGGCUAUGUACAAACUGCACCAGGAGCGGCACGAAGCCGUGCACAAGCAGAUUUCGCUCGAGAAAGCGCUCUGUACCAGUGAGGACGAGUGUUCGUUGUUGCGGGAGCAGCUCAACAAAACGAAGCAACAAGUGCAGGAAAUGACCAUAUGUAUGGAUACGCUGAAGAGUCAGUACGAUGAAAAGGUAGCUUCCAGUGAGGAGCAACUCAAAGCGAAAGAGUCCGAAAUUACCAGCCUCACGCACAAACUAGACCAUUUUGUCGAUGUUUAUGCGAUUGGUUCGUCAGACGACGAACAGCAGCAACAACAACAGCAUCAACAGAUACAUAGCUCAGCCAUGUCGAACUGGCUAAAGAACUCCGAUAUUAAGAAACUGGAAGGAUCUGAAGACAUAAUUAAGGCCAUUUGUAAUGAUACUGAAAAUGAGAUUACUAGUAGUGAUUACACGGAAGGACUGACGAAGCUGCAACGACGUAUCAAUACGUUUGAGAAAAAUUUCACCCUGUUGUUCGGAGCAGAUCUGAAAUCGGAAAAUGAAACGGACGAUCUGGAUAACGAUGCAACGGAACCAAUUGUGUUGACGGGUACGACAAAUGUGGCAGCGAUACCCGCGGGUGGGCCCAAAACGGAAGAUCACGUUGGCGAUGCAAGUGCUGCUCAAGGAGAUGAAAAUGGACCACCAACGUUGCAAGUAGAGUGCGAUGGCAAUCAGAACGAUGUAAACAGUACCACUACGGACACGAACCGCAGCGGUGGCGGAGAUGGUAACGACGACUCAACGCAGAUCGGCCAAGUGGCACAAACGCGCGUAGGAGGUGUUGAUCAGGAGAUGCAGGAGCCAGAAGAAGGCAGCGCUACGAUGGCUUCGGCGGCUGUUCCGCCGUACGGCCAAGGAGGGGAUCAGAUAAAUCAGAACGUGCUGAAGCGUAAUAUUCGGUCCAUCAAAAACGACUGUUCGACGCUGUUGCGACAAGUGGAGCGUACGAUAGCGCAAAAGCAAUCGGAACAGAUAAUUCAGAAAGCCAAGUAUGAGGAGCUGGAGACGGAGCUGCUGGCAUUUAAGGCGGAACUGGAAAGCCGACCCAAGCAGGAUGAACUGGAUCAGAAGCAACUGCUUUGUGAUAACCUCACCGAAAGUCUUUCGACGCUACGAAACGAGAUAGACGAGCUGCGCACGCUAAAUGAUCACUGUCAGUUAGAGAUGGAGCGCAUGGAGGUUGAGCUGCUCAAGCAGAAAAACAUCGAAAACGAAAAAAUCAGCGCCAUGGCUGCAGCAGCAGCCGCCGUCGUAACGAACGCGUCGGCCGAAAAUGUUUCGGUUGUGGUUAAGGAAGAGCGGGGAUUGAUGCAGAUGAGCGAGACGGAAAAGGAGCAGAGGACGGAAAAAUCAUCACCCUCACCGGAAACGGAAACGACGGCAAAGGAAGAAGGGGAGAACCAACCACAAGAGCUAAUGAUGAUGCCGACGACGUUGCUGGUUGUGACGGAAAAUGCACCAGUGGCGGAAAUGCCCUCACCGGUUCUUAUACCCACGGUACCGAUGGUGGACGUAGAAACGCAAACCGAUGCACUUCCAGAUGUGCCUGCAGUACCGAGUAUGCCAGUACCAGUUCUACCUCUAGCAGUAGCAACAUCCGGCAGCGAUCCAAUGGUGUCCGAUGCAAGCGAUGGUGGCGAUGCAUCCAUCUGCUCCAAUUUGGACGAUUUGGAGGAGGACGACGACGAUGAGAAGACGGAAACCAUCGAUAUUGCCACGGUGUACAUGGCACCUGCUCUGGAUGUGUUUAGGAAUCCAUCCGCACCCAGCGAUGUCACUCUGCACGACAAACCCUGUGAGAGUAGCAGCAGUAAUGGGGGAAGUUCACACCUAAUGUCGUGCACUGUGGACGAUGUGACUGGUAAUGGGGAUGUCCUGUCCGGGACGACCUCAAUCGAUUACGAGCUGGCCAUGAUAAAUCAUCCGGAUGUGCAGCGUGAGGAGGAACUGGUUGCCUUCAAGGAAAAGUACUCCCAUCUGAGUGACGAGAACGUUCGGCUAAAUCAGCAGUUGAAGCAGUUGACUCACGAUAUGAGCCAAUCGCGGCAGUGGUUCGCACUCCAGAUAGUUGCCUGCAUUGUGCCGGUCAUGGCCAUCUUCUGCUACAUGCUGACAGGUCGCUCGUAA